CAUGCUAGAAAUGUGACAUGCUGUUUAGUGAUUUAGAAUAGGAAAUUUUGUUUAACCGUUUACAAAAGAAAAAACCAUUACAAAGAGAGCUCACAAUCGGACAAAUUUUUCAUCAAAUUACCAGAAAAAUCAAAGAGAACUCGCAAUCAAUCUCCAUGAGAGAAGUUGAAGCGGUCCACGUUCAUCCCGGCGAUAAGAAGCUUUUCGACCAUCGGGACAGAUAUGGACGAAAUCGAUAAACAGCGAUUCCUCGGACAAAUGGAAAAGAAGAGUAACAGCGAGUCCGAUGUCAACGCCAAAUGGGACGCCUGUCUCGAUCUCACUGCCCGUCGCGUUGUCUACUCUUCCCUGGGCGGCGCGUUCGCCGGUCUUCUCUUCUUCAGGAGUCCUGUUACGAGAUGGGCUUCGAUUGCUUUUGGUGCUGGAAUCGGUAUUGGCUCUGCAUAUACAGAGUGUUCUCGUGUCUUUGAUGCAUCGUCUUCAACAUCAGCCACUUUAUUAGCUCCCAAGAGUACAGAGACUUCUGUAUCUCAGGCAGCGGAAGAGUAAGACGUUGAGGAAGCUUGAGGAUAAACUCAAACAUUGAUGGGUGUUUUAAUACAAGAGCUGUGUUACAUUGUUAUGAAAAUGGUUGUUGAUCUUUUUGCAGGACAUGGUUUUUGAAAUAUAUAUGCCAUUGUGAAACCUUAGCUUUUUCAGUGGUUUUUGUACACACUCAUCGCACACAGAGUAACUAAGAAGAACCGGUGACAAUCAUAUGUAGCUUCCGGAUCUCCACAUUGGUUAUCUCAGCUUUUUAAUGAUGAAAAAAAGAUGAUUCUCUUUUUGUUUUGAUAUCUUUUGUGCUUACUUGGAUGCUUAUAGUUUUUUGUUUUGAUAUCUUUUGUGCUUACUUGGAUGCUUAUAGUUUCAUACUAAGAGAUUUUUUGUUUGCAUGAUUGAGUGUUUAGUUUAACUUUAGUAUCAUGCAAGUCUGGUUUUAGUAAAUCAUCG